AUGGGGGCCAGGCAGUCCAGUGCCGGUUCCAAGGACAAGGGCCCCAGGAGGAUGGGGUGCCUGCGGAGGAGGCAGAAACUGUCCGCGUGGGAUGAUGCCCUGCUCUCGGGAAGGGACCCCCGGUCCCUGCUGAAGCGGGGCAUGCGCCACAUCAGCUUCAGCCUGGUCACCAAGGGGAUGACGGACAUCCCCGACUUCCUGUGGGGCUUGUCCGAGGUCCAGAAGCUCAACCUGUCUCACAACCAGCUGCGGGUUCUGCCCCCCGAGGUGGGCAGGCUGAGCAGGCUGGUGGUGCUGAACCUGUGCGGGAACCACCUGAAGAGCCUGCCCCCGGAGCUCAGCCUCCUGCAGGGCCUGCGGGUGCUGUUCCUCAACAUGAACCGCCUGGGCGAGCUGCCGGCCGAGCUGAGCGCCUGCCGGAGCCUGGAGGUCCUGAGCCUGUCCCACAACCGCCUCUCCCAGCUGCCCGCCAGCUUCGCCGACCUCUCCCGGCUGAGGAAGCUGAACCUCAGCAACAACUGCUUUGCUCACAUCCCCGUCUGCGUGUUCGCCCUCAAGGAGCUGGAUUUCCUGCACGUGGGCUCCAAUCGCCUGGAGAACAUCGCCGAGAGCAUCCAGUGCCUGGGCAGCCUUCAGAUCUUCAUUGCGGAGAACAACAGCAUCCACUCCUUCCCGCGCUCGCUCUGCCUCCUCGCCAGCCUGGAGGUGCUGAACUUGAACAACAAUGACAUCCAGACCCUCCCGGAGGAACUCUACCUGCUGUGUAGACUGGCGAGGAUCGCUUGGAACCCCAUGGACAAAGGGCUCCACAUUUCCCAUAACCCGUUGUCCAAGCCUCUGCCGGAGCUGGUGGAGGGGGGCCUGGAGAUGCUGGUCAGCUACCUGAAGGACAAAAAGCACAACUGAGUGGCCGCGCAGGCAGGAACAGCAGCCAGCUCACCCGGACUCUGCCCACUGGGUACUUCUCUGGUCUGAGCUUUCUCCUCUUACUGUUCGGUUGGUCAAGGCGUGUGUUAAUAUUUGCUAAAUUGUAGUUGAAUGGCAUUCUAGGCAGGGGUUGGCUUUGAACUCUGUAUGUUCCUAAUAACCCCCAUAAUAUGGUCAUCUCAUUCUAAACAUAAAUUGAAACAGGAUUUUGGUUUUCCCCAAAGAGAAAUAAUCGCUCGAAUUUUCCUGAGGAGCAAUGGGAUUCGACCCUGGGAACAAUGGUCAGCAGGUCUGAUUCAAUGGAAUUCAAAAGUUAAAUAUUUACUAAGUAUGUGCCAAGUAUGGCGUGAGGCAUUGGCAACAUCUGGUGUCAACCCUGGAAUUGGCAACCUGAGGCCAGGCGGCAACAGCAAGACACGCUCCUGCACCAGCCUGGACCAAGCCUUACUUGGGACCAAAGGGCAAGCUGGAGCCCUGCCCUUCUGGCGAUGACCACGUUAGACGGAGCU